AGCAGCCUCGCUGAGCGCUCUCCUCCUCUCCUGCUCCUGGGAUUAGUAUGUGGAGGCUGCAGGAGAUGGGAUAGCUGCCGCUACCGCUGCCGCUGAUGCCGCUGCUGCUGCUGCUGCUGCUACAUGGGUGGAGGGGACCGGACAUCGCUUUCCAUCAGAUGAUCAUGUUCUGCCAUGGAGUCCCUGAGGGCAGACGCACGCCGGGCUCAGUGACCGCAGGCAGAGAUGUGUGCUGUUCAUGAGCGCAGGGAGCGGAGGCCCAGCUGGACUGUGACAGGGCCCGAACAAGGCAGCGAUGGCAAAGAGAGACUACCUGGUGGAGGCGGCCAAGCAGAUCCGCAUGGCGCUGGACAGCGAGGUCAGCGAGGACUACGAGGCCGCGUUCAGCUACUAUAAGAACGGGGUCGACCUGCUGCUGAACGGAGUCCAGUUGGAUCCGAACAAGGAUCGUCGGGAGGCAGUGAAGAGGAAGACGACCCAGUAUCUGAAGCGAGCGGAGGAAAUCUUCAUAACACACCUGCAGGAUAACCUGGGGAAGGGCAGCUCCCAUUUAGGGGGCUACAGCAGCCUGAGGUUCCGUCCCAUCAGACACCUGAGUUCACCGGUGGAGGAUCUGGAGAUGUGUAAGGUGGUCGGAGUCACCGACAAGGUCCUGAUUGUUCAAAGCAUGGUCAACAAGGAGACAUUUGUUGUGAAGAGCCUGGUUAAGUCGAGCUGGGAGAGCAGGGACCAGCCCACCAUCAUCCCUCAGGGAGUUCCCUACAUGGUCAAGCUGCUGCGAUACUACGUGAGCGAGGACGCCGUGUACCUGCACCUGGAGCACGUCAGAGGUGAGCGGAGCAGCGCCUGCUGCUGGGACGCGCUGCACGUUCACACGUCCAUCCUGCUCCUCUCUGUGCUUCCAGGCGGGAGGCUCUUCUCCAAGGUGCACAAGCUGAGGAGCGAGCGGAAGGACCGCCUCAGCUCCAGCCAGCACAGCGUCAGGCUGCAGCCCAGUCACAGCUCCCCCUCCAUCAGCACCGGAUACCAGCGCGGCAACAAGGAGGCCGCUGGGACCAGUCUGAAGGCGGGUGACGAGAGCCCCGACGCCGAGUUCCCCGCGUCGUGGGCUGAGACUCAGCAGCGCGUGGAGAGCUGCGGGACCCACUCCUACAUCGAGGAGACGGGCUGCCUGCAGAACACGCGCUCCGCGGCCUCCUUCCACACCAGGCUGGACCGGCUGUCGCUGCAUGCCGGGCCGACGGCGGCGCGGCUCCACGCCCGCCUCCACCCGCCCGCUCCCAGCUUGUGUCUGCACCCCAGUAAAACUCAGGGAAAAGCCGCUCUUCCUCUGUCGUGCGCGCGCGUCAGCCAAGCGCUGGGCGUCAUGUCCGAGCGCCACCAGCAGAACGCCGGGAUGGGCCUGGUGGAGUGCAGCUCGGACUUUGAGCGGGCUUGGAAAGCUGUGGAAGCGACGGGCAGCUGCGACGUCAACCCCUAUGCAGUGACUGGCAGCACUUUGCAGCGCACGGUGGAGCAAACGGCACCACACGCCAAUCAAACCUCAUUUCACGUCCGUGAAAACACUCCUCACCCCAGAAGUUCCUCUCCUGCCAUUUUGCAUCUUCCUCUCCAUUGCCAAACCCAAAUCCACAGCAGGGCUCCGUGGGACACCAACGGCUCCUACCCAGGAUCAGCGUUAAGCGCUAACUCUGCAGACGUAGCUGCAGACAGCCCAACCACAGAGGAGCGGAAUGGGGUGGUGGUUAUCAGAAGCACAGACCGGGCGGUUUUCCCCGAGCACACAGACAAAACACCCUGGCCCUCGUCUGCGCCCCUCAACAACAGUGACCCGCUGAAAUCCAAAGGGGGAACAGGACCCAUGGAGGAGCCGGACAGGGGAGAGGAAUCCCACAAGGCUGCACCAAAGGAGAGGUCCUUCCUGGGCUGGUUCUCCUCCGGCCCGACCCAGAAGAGCCGCGGCGUGGAUGCUGCUCUCAGAGCAGAGGAGCCGGACGCACAGGCAGACGAUCAGACCCUGGAGGUGGACGGCUGGUGCCACCUCCCUCACUUCCCUCCCCAGGCCUCCCGGGCGUCGCCAGGGGCCUCGCAGCCCAGCUGGGGGCUUCCUGAGGCAGAGGUGCGCGUGUGGGGGGCGCAGAUCCUGCUCGCAUUGGAGAGUUUGCACCAGCAGGGCAUCCUGUGCCGGGAUCUCAACCCCAGGAACGUUCUGCUCACCAGCAACGGAAAGGUGUGUUUGACGUUCUUCGGCCAGUGGAGCGAGGUUCAGGCAGAGAUUUGCCUCAAAGCCAUGGAACAGAUGUACUGUGCUCCAGAAAUCGGCGGCGUGUCCCGGGUGACGGAGGCCUGCGACUGGUGGAGCCUCGGGGCCCUGCUGUUCGAGCUCCUGACGGGGAUGCCUCUGUGGCAGCUGCAUCCUGCAGGAAUCCACUCCCACACGCAGCUGCUGAUCCCCGACCACCUGAGCGCCGCCGCCGCCUCCCUGCUCACAGAGCUGCUUCAGUUUGAUGCCGGCUAUCGCCUGGGCUCCGGAGGAGGAGGUGUGAGCGACAUCAAGUGUCACCCGUUCUUCAGCAGCGUCUCCUGGAAAGCUCUGAGCUGCUAGCAGGCGUCGUGCUGCGCUGCGCUGAGGUUUCCCUCUGCAUUCUGAGCUUCCAGAAGGAAAAGAAUACAAACUGCUCAACUAGACUCCUCCAAACUAUGAUUCGAACUUUCCAUGUAAAUUAAAAUAACUAACCUAUU